AACUGGUUGGAAAUCUUUCAAAAUGAAUGGAAUAACAAACUGCCGGAUGCGGACAGAAAGCGAACAGUCCUGUGGCUCUCCAGUUGUUAGCGGUGACCCAAAGGAGGAUCACAACUACAGCAGUGCCAAAUCUUCCAACCACAGGAGCACAUCACCUGCUAGUGACUCCGUUUCCUCUUCCUCUGCUGACGACCAGUAUGAAUUUGCAACUAAAGGUAGCCAAGACAGCAGUGAAGGAAGUGAAGUUAGCUUCCAGAGCCACGAGAGCCAUAGUGAAACAGAAGAGGAGGACAAAAAGCAAAAUCAGAAGGAGACCAAGGAUUCUUUAGCUGACAGUGGGUAUGCAUCCCAGCACAAGAAAAGGCAACAUUUAAUGAAGGUGAAAAAAGUACCAAGUGACACACUGCCUCUUAAAAAGAGACGUACAGAAAAGCCUCCUGAGAGUGACGAUGAGGAGAUGAAAGAAGCAGCAGGAUCACUCCUGCAUUUAGCAGGAAUUCGAUCCUGUUUGAACAACAUCACCAAUCGGACGGCAAAGGGGCAGAAAGAGCAAAAGGAAACCACAAAAAAUUAGAACAAAUCAAUGAUU